AUGACUUUCGACCGCGAAAUUCAGGAUCGCUACAAUGUCGAGAUUACUGCUUGCGACGGUGGAAAGCCUCAAAGGUGCUCUUCUGAAAAGAAAACGAUCAAAAUUUCUGACAAAAACGACAACUCCCCGCUUCUUCGAUCAGAUUCAGUCCGAUUCUCGAUCCCAGAAGACGCAAAAAUCGGCACUGUCGUUGGAAAAAUCCUCGCAACCGACAAAGACGACCCUUUUCUCUUUGGAAAACUCAGCUACCAACUUGAUGUUGAAGAAAAACAAUUUGGAAUCGACGCGGAAAGUGGAGAAAUAUUUGUGAAAGAUGAGCUGGACUAUGAAACGAAAAAGGAAUACAAUAUGACGGUUCUUGUCACGGAUGGAGGCGGCAAAUCGACCAAAGGACUGGUGAAGAUUCAAGUGCAGAAUGUCAACGACAAUCGACCUGUGGCCGUGAUUCCGAAAUACAUUGCGCUGGCGAGUGAUGUUCAGUUUGGAGAUGUUAUUUCGACUUUUGAGAUCUCUGACGCAGAUGGAACAGAACCAGUCAUUCAACUUGGAGGAAGAGAUGCAGAAUUAUUCGCGCUUCGUGGCCACGACUUGAUUUUCGAGUCGAAUUAUUCGCGCGAUUUGGAUGCGGAAAUUACACUCACGGUCUACGAUGGCCAAAACACCUCCGUCGCAAUGGAAUACGAAAUCACCGUCAGCGCGGCUAUUUCCGCGGCUAUCAUCGGCGCCGUCGCAGCUGUUGCUGGAAUUUUCAUUCUCAUCGUUGUCUUCAUUUUCCUCCAGCGGCGGCUCCGCGCUGCGCACAACGACAAAAUGAAUUCGUCGAAUUUCGGGGAUAAUUCCGCGAACUCGCAGAAUAUUUCGCGCACGGAUUUGAUCAUUGACAUGAAGAUGAAAUCGGAGAGGAGUGGCAGCGAGGGAACGAUUUGUACGGCCAGGGGAGCUUUGCAGAUGAACCAGAAGAGUAAUUCCAGAAGGGCGGAUUCGGACUCGGGGAGAGGCGAAUCUGGGAGCGAAACGCAAUCAAGAAAUCAUCUGGCGAUGCUUGGUCAUUACUGUAAUCAAGACUGUCUAACCCUUGGCCACUCUGAUGCUUGCUGGCUUCCAUCAAAUUCGUCCUCGAAGCCUUUUGAAGUCGAUGUUUCCGACAAAAUCAACCAGGUGUCUUCAUUAUACGUCUGGGAGCGGACAUCCGACUACAGCUCGCAUACAACGUCUUCCGGAAACAACAGUUCCGGAAAGCAGAACCGAACUCGCCUACCGCUCCUGCCAACUCUACAUUCGCCAACAAACAAACCUUGCCUUCUAGAAAUUACCCUGACUAAUGCGACUCUUACGCAGUUUUCGUUCGAAGAAAAAUUGACAGAUAAUAAAGACAAACUCGAUGAAAAAAUUGCGGAGCUCGAUGAAGAAAGAAACAGAAAUCAAAACCUUACUAAUUUGAUUGAGAGAAGUCUUGAGGAAAAUCAAAAAUGCGCCGCAGAGAAAGACGAAAAAAGUGAGGAAAUUUUCCGUCUCGAAGCAAACAUUGUCGAAAAGCAACAAAACUUUGAAUCUGAAAUUUCAAUACGAAUUAAUGAAAUCGGCCAGGAAAAAGACAAGACGGAAGCGCUUAAGAGGGUUGUUGGAGAUCUUUUGGAUGAAAAUCAAAAUUGUACUUACGAGAAGUCUUCAAUUAUAGAAACACUAGAACUAACGACUACAAAACUGAAGCUUGAAGAAACAAAACCUGACUGCGUCAAAAUGAUGAAAAAUGCACUGUUUGUUCUUGCUGGAACCAAAGGCGCAGUCAAAUAUCUUCUUGAUGAUGAUGGAACAAAAAAAGAUUUGCAAAUACAGAAACCAGACUCAACUCAUGAUCGCCACUAUCUUUAUAAUUCUAUUGCGGCAUCUAUUCGCGACGAUACCUUCAAAAAAUGUGAGGAAUUUGAUGGAUCAAUAGUAACAACUCGCCCUGAAUCACUGGUUGUUCAUAAGCACUCGUGCUUAGCGAUUGAUGGGAACCGGCCAGUUGCGGUAGGUGGUUGGACUUCGAGCGAUGAUAAAUCAGCUCAUGGAACGGUUGAGAGUUUCAACUCCGUAAACUGGGAGAAACUUCCGGAUAUUCCUAAAAAAUUGGGAUUUCACACCUGUGUUGGAGUAGAAAAUGGGCUGCUCGUUUUGGGGGGUUGGAGAUAUGGAAUUAAUCAUGACAUUUUCCUUUUUCGAUCCUUAAAAUGGACAGUCGUCGGACAAACUGAGGAAAAGCAAAAUCAUUCUUCUUCAAUCAAAAUAGGAAACUCAAUCUUUCUUGUAAACGGCGAUCAGGAACCUAAAGGCAUCGUUCGAAAGCUCGUUUGGGAUGGUGACAAGAUUGAAAGCUCGAAAAUCGUCAAUGAACACACUGAAAUAUUUUAUCGACCGAUUUUAUUUCAAGUUGAUCAAUUUUACUGUUUGUGA